AUGGAGGAGGAUGUCCCUCAGCCUCCACAGAUGAAGCAGGCCGCUGAUGAUAUUCAUGAUGCUUCUGCACAUGUUGAUGAUGCUGAUGAGUCUGAUGAUGAUGCUGAUAUUGAUGAUCAGGAUCAGCAGACCGGAUUUCUCGGAGGACCGACGGUGACACGUGUGUUGACACAAUAUGAGCAUCAUGUGGCUCGGAGGCUAUUUAUUACUCACGGAUUGAAGCUGAAGAAGUUUGCCAAAGUUCUUGUGCCAGAUCCUGUAGAGCAUUGGAUUCGGGAAUCUGGGCUGAUGCAUCUAUCUUCAAGCUACCUCACUAUGGCUGAUGUUGGUCUGAUAUCCGCAUUUGUUGAAAGAUGGCACAGAGAGACCAACUCAUUUCAUCUGCCAUUUGGAGAGAUGACUAUCACUUUAGACGACGUCGCGACUCUCCUUCACAUCUCACCACAUGGUAAAUUUUUUGAUGCACCUGUGAAUAUGAACACUAAUAAUGCUGCAAGAGCUGCACAUGAGUACUUGGGUGCAACAUGGGAGGAAGCAUGUGCUGAGAUUAGUUAUAAUAAAUGUGCCCAAUAUAGAUUGCAAUGGUUACGUGAUUUAUAUAGUCGUCUCAUUCAAAAUAACCAGUUUGAGUGUGCGUGUUGGAUUUACGAGCACUUCCCUAGGAUCUGUAAGCGGGGUGAUAGAGAAGCGGUUCAUGCACAUCUUCCAAGAGCGUGUAGGUGGACUGCAAAACAUGUUGUUGAAGGUGGAUUGAUGGCAUAUCGUCGGAGACUUGAUGCGUUGUUGCUCGAGGAUGUAGUGUUUACACCAUAUGAUGAUGAUCGAGCUAAUCAUCCGUUUGUAUCGAUUUUGAUGUUUUCUGGAUAUCUUCGAUGUGGUGGAGUCUCAGUCCCAUAUUUUCCAGAGCGAUGUCUUCAAUAG